AUGGACAGGCCUCCUCCAAAGGAUUCUUGGAGUGAUCCCAAGUGUGGUAACAGGGUUGUUCUUAUGGGGAAUGCUGCACAUGCCAUGCACACUGGCCCAAGGCAAGGAGCUCAUAUGGCGUUUGAAGAUGCACACCAGCUGUUCAUGUGCCUUGCUGACGUCAAGGAUGUGUUUGCCGAGCCUGCUGCCGUGGCUGCUGCGGUUCGGGAGUACGAGGCUCGGCGGAUCGACAGGUGUGUGAGAGUGCAUGCAAACGCCACUGGGUCACAUGGGUUCGGAGAGGAGGGGAAACUUGUGAAGGCGCUUUCUCCGCCAGAGAAAAUGAAGAGGUUUAUGGAGUUAAGGAGUUGGAUCCAUGCGUACCCAGACAAGAUCAAAGGUGACCCUGAAUCUACCUACUUUAAAUGA